AAAGGAUUCAUUCCAUGAGUAAUGAGUUGAACAACCCAUAUGUAUCGGUGUCGACUAUGGCUUCUUUGAAUUUGAUCAAAGCGAAUCAAUCCGUUCCAUUUCCAAAUGCAAUUACAAUAGUGGUGGGUUGGAAAGGUUAAUGAAAAGAAGAAUGGUCGUGACAUGAAGGUAUACAGACCAAUAUUGAGUUUGAAGGAGUGGGAGGUGAUCUCGCUGAUAUUAUGGCAAAGUUAUUGCAAUUUGAAAAUGCGGUAUAUAACAAUCAUCGUUUCAUGUGGCGCAGUAUAUAGGCUAGGCUUUGUCUCAUCAUUUAAUAACUUAAUGUCACUAUAUGACUCAAAGAGUUAAUUGCAUCAAUUUUGGUGGUGCUUCUUUCUACAUAAAUCAUGUUUAUCAGUUGAAAGAUAAUAUUGUAAUUGCACACUAUUCCCAUUUUUAACUUCCUUCCAUCAUGUUCCAUCCUCUUUUUUCUCUAACAACAACCAUGACACAGUCAAUCCUCCUGAUGAUAUUGAUGUGUUGGUGUCACCAUAGUGGCACAGGUCAUGUUCUUCCAAAGCCGCGGAUCAAAAACUCAUAAUUGGCUCAAAACCAGUAUCACGAUCACAAUUGAGAACAAGUAUUAAUGGCUACAUUUUCAGUGCCCGAUCAUGUUCCUCCAGUGGCUGAAGACUGUGAAAAGCUUCGUAAAGCAAUGCAAGGAUGGGGAACAGAUGAGAACGCAAUCAUAUCCAUAUUGGCUCACCGGAAUGCAAGGCAGCGUUGUUCUAUACGUCAAACUUAUACGGAGAAAUAUGGAGAGGAUUUGUUCAACGAGCUUGAAAAAGAACUUUCCGGUGAUUUUCUGAGGGCAAUGCUUGUAUGGACGCCACAUCCUGCUGAACGAGAUGCAAUGCUAGCCAAAGAAUUUGCUACGAAUAAAAAGUCAGAAGGCUAUUUUGUGAUAAUGGAAAUUGGUUGUACAAGAACGUCUCAAGAGCUCUUCCAGGUGAGACAAGACUACCAUGCUCGCUACAAGAGAUCUCUAGAAGAAGAUGUUUCUUGUGGCACGAGUGGAGAUUUCCGAAAGCUGUUAGUUCCUCUUGUGACUUGUUACAGGUAUGAACCUCACGAUGAAAGUGUGGAUACUGAGUUGGUGAACUCGGAGGCUAAGAUCCUUCAUGACAAAAUCUCCCACAAGGACUAUAGUCAUGAGGAGAUUAUCAGAAUUCUAACUACUAGGAGCAAGCCGCACUUGAGAGCAACGCUCCAAAACUAUAACGACCAGUUUGGUCAUCCUAUUAACAAGGACCUCAAGAAGCAUCGAAAGGAUGAAUACCUUGCUUUGCUGAGAGCCACUGUAAAAUGCUUGACUUGCCCUGAGAAAUAUUUCGAGAAGACUCUUCGUCUGUCCAUGAAAGGCAUCGGAACCAAUGAAGAGACUCUUACCAGGGUGGUAACCACUCGAGCCGAGGUUGACAUGAAGCAUAUAAUGGAACAGUACCAACGGAAGAACAACGUUUCAAUGGAUAAUGACAUCAAAGGUGAUACUUCUAGUGACUAUCGGACGAUGUUGCUGGCCUUAAUCAAUUGAUCGUCAUCAUCACUCUCUCUGAUCCAUCAUUAUCAACCAUGCAUGUAUUAGUUAAUUUUUUUCUGUUAAAAGUUUCAGACUGGCUAGUCGAGUGAUCUUCUAGCUUCAAACUUUAAAGUGAUCAUUCCAGUUCAGUAGCUAAGAAAGGUUGAUAAAACAGUUUUUGUGAUCGAGAUUUUGUUAAACUCAUAAUCUAAGCAAUUUUUGUUUAAAUUUUUAUGAUUCUGAAACCUAAAUCUGAUGUAUAACAACUUGUUGGAAUAAA